AAAAAAAAAAAAGGAAAAAACAUUUAGGCGUCAUCCCCUUCAACCUUCCCAACUUCUCUUUCUUCUCUCAAACAUUUUGCUCAUUUCAUUAUCAAAAAUCUUCGUAUUCAACUUUGCUUUUUCCAGGAAACCAAACCUUAUCUAAAUUAAAAUUAAUUUUAAAAUUUUGUUUGUUCGUCUGAUUUUAAUUAAACAUUAUAUGAUUUGCUUGACAAGUCAAAAAUUGUGCAUACCCAAACGAUUUGAAUCACAUUUCGUACCCUAUUUCGAUACAAAACCAAAACAAAAUUUGAGGAUAGUUAAUUCUGGGGAAUUUCCUGAAUAUUUAUCCGAGUUGAAAUUGUUAGCGUUUGGGACUAGAAGAAGAAGAGGAGGAAUUACAGCAGCAAUGGCGGUUGAAGUAACGAAAUCGAACGAAGCGACGAUUAUAUUGACGUCAGGUGCAAGCGGGAGAAUCAGUGCCUUGUUUUCAUUGCAGUUAUUGAGGAGCUUGUUCCUUUUGAUCAAUGCUUUUGUACUGCUAUUGUUGUUUCCAUUUCGUGGACGGAGGAGGAUGGCGGUGUCGUCGGGGUCGCAGGAGAAGGGUGUCGGCGGCAUUGGGAAGGAGGAAAAGGCAGUGGAGAGGAAGGGUACGGUGGUCCGAGUGCCGUCGAAAAUGGUGCCGCGGAAGAGCGCGGUGGAGCAGGAGGUGGCGGCGAGACGAUCGCUGGCGAUAAGAAGGGUACUUCAGGAAGACGAUAAAGAGACGCUGAGGGAAUUUUCGCUCUUUGUUACGUCCAGAGGAGAUACCAUGUUCACGCAAUCAUGGACACCUGUUUCCUUCAAAGUCAGGGGAUUGGUUUUCUUGUUGCACGGCCUCAAUGAACACAGUGGCCGAUAUAAUGAUUUUGCCAAGAAGCUAAAUGCAAAUGGUUUUAAAGUUUAUGGAAUGGAUUGGAUUGGACAUGGCGGAAGUGAUGGACUGCAUGCAUAUGUCCCUUCUCUUGAUGAUGCUGUCAGUGACAUGAAACAAUUUCUGUCGAAGAUUUUAGCUGAAAAUCCUGGACUUCCGUGCUUUUGCUUUGGACAUUCAACUGGUGCAGCGAUUAUCCUUAAGGCAGCACUUGAUCCAAAGGUAGAAUCUAGAAUUGAUGGUGUUGUAUUGACUUCACCUGCCGUUGGAAUUCAACCAGCUCAUCCGAUUUUCACAGUACUUGCUCCAAUUGUCGCAUUUUUAUUCCCAAGAUACCAGUUCAGUGCAGCAAACAAAAGGGGUGCCGCAGUAUCUAGGGAUCCAGCAGCAUUACUGGCCAAGUAUUCAGAUCCACUAGUAUUCACUGGAUCCAUUAGGGUACGAACAGGUUACCAGAUCCUUCAGAUAAUUGACUACUUGCAACAGAAUCUGUGCAAGUUGACAGUACCGUUCCUAGUUCUUCAUGGUUCUGAUGAUGCAGUCACCGACCCUGAAGGCUCUAAGAAGCUCUAUGAAGAGGCUUCUUCAACUGAUAAAAGUAUCAAGCUGUAUAAAGGAUUGUUGCAUGACCUACUUUUUGAACCUGAAAGAGAAGAAAUCAUGAAGGAGAUAAUCGACUGGUUGAACCAAAGACUGUUGAAUUGUUAAAGGACUACUACAUAAUGGUUCAAUCCGAAGAAAUCGGGCAGGGGAAAAUGCUGAAUCCGAAGAGAAUAGCACUUGGGAGGAAGAAAGUUGAGCUUGUUCAAUUAGUUUUGCAUGUUAAAGACUUGGUUAAACCCUCUGCAUUUUUAGAUGUUUUGUAAACUAAUUAAUCCAUAGUUUUUCAAUUUUCUUGGAAGGCAAAAUCAUUUUCCUCCGUUUAUGUCAGACAACUGCUUUUGUGAAAUGUAAAAGGUGGUUUAUUAAUUUA